CAAAAGUCAAUGAAUGCCACUCUGUUCUCUCUCUUGUAUAUUGCAAAGAAAUCACUUAGAAAAUCAUAAGCAACACACACCAUACCCAAAAUAUUUAUCAAUAAAUUCAUCAAUUUCCAUUCUAUAAAAACACAAACACAAAUACAUAUAUUCAUCAACAACCAAACCCAAUUUAUCAUCACAAAAAAAAAAAAAAAUCACCAAUAUGUGUUGCAAACCUGGUUGGUUUUGGUGCAUCUAUUGCACAAUUUCCUCAGUCGUGUUAUUCGGCUUUAUUUCUUCAAUAAUUUUUUGGAUAGUAAUUUCUCCCUCAAGUGUGAAGUUCUAUGUAACGAACGUUGCUCUUACAGAAUUUAACUUGACAAACAACAAUUUAUAUUAUAAUUUCAAACUCAACAUCACCGCGAGAAACCCCAACAACAACAUCGUCGUGUACUAUCGAAGAAUCAUCGCAAUUGCUUGGUACAAAGACAACGAAUUUAGUUACGUGAGUUUGGCACCCUUUGAUCAAGGACACAAGAAUACUACUUUUCUCGGGCCGAUAGUGUUUAAAGGGAACAAUAUGAUAAAACUUGGUCGUAAACAACUUGAUGAGUAUAGCGAAGAGACCCGUUUGGGAAUUUAUGAAGAUUUGGCUGUUGAUUUGGAUGUUCGAAUUCGAGCUAAGUUUGGAAGGUUUAGAAGUGGUCGUUUUAAUCCACCAGUUGUUCAAUGUCGUCGUUUGAGAAUUCCUUUGAUUUCUUCUUCCAAUGUUAACUCAUCAUCAACACAUACUUUUAGUAACAAAAGAUGUAGCAGCGGUUCUUUCUUUACAGAUCGUGAUGCAGAUGCAGGAGAUUGAUAUCAAAUUUAUAUAACUAUGUGAAUUUUUUAUAUAGUAUUUUCUUUCCAUCACUUUCCUUCAAUUUACAACAUACUAUAUAUCAUGUGGCUGUAACAAUAUUACAUUUUAUUUGAAUAUACAAUACAAUGUGUUUGUUUAUUUCUA